AUGGCCGAAGCACAAUCAAUCGAACGAAAACGAGCAAUACGCAAGGCAAAUCGCGGAGUAAUCACGAAGUACAUCAACGAAGCAAACGAUCUUUUGCACGACGAAGACAGUGAUCGAGACCGUCUUAUUACGAUUCAAGGGCUGCUUCGCGAAAAGCUAGAUUAUAUAAAACGACUUGAUAGCGAGAUUUUGGAAAUUUGCGAAAUAAAAGAUAUCGACAAGGAAAUCAUAGAAUCCGAAGAAAUUAACACUCGAGUUCUCGAAGUAAACAAGAAAAUAUUAAAGGCAACGAGCGAAGGACAUUUAGUUACGAAUCAACCGGCAAUAUUCGUGGAAGGUGAGCAUAUAAAUGAACCACAACAAAGCGAACUGCAAAACGAAAGCGUUGUAUCGAAUAAUUCGGCGCCGCAAGCAAGUACAGAUCAAAUUCAACACAAUCAAGUAAGUCAACAACAUCAUGUAACGAAAUCUAAACUCCCAAAGUUAGUACAAAUUUCGAUCGUUUUGGGACUCGUACGAUAGUGCUGUACAUAAAAAUAGUCAGCUGUCAACAAUCGAUAAAUUCAAUUAUUUGUACUCGUUGUUCGAAGGGCCAGCUCUACGUUCAAUUCAAGGUUUAUCCUUGACCGAAGAAAAUUAUCAAUCCGCUGUAGACUUGUUAAACCAACGAUUUGGAAAUCAACAACAAGUUAUUUUGGCCAAUAUGGACGAACUACUAAAAAUUCCAGUGUGUUCAGGCGACAAACCAUCACAACUUCGAUUUGUUUACAACAAAAUUAGCGUUAGCGUAAGAGGUCUCGAAGCGUUAGGAGUAGCUUCAAGUCAGUACGGCAGUUUGCUCAUACCUAUUAUUAUGUCAAAAUUGCCCGCAGAAAUACGACUUCAUAUAGCGAGAAAUACGGUCGAUGAAGUGUGGAAUAUAACUGAUUUGCUCGAAGUAUGCGUAAAGAAGUAGAAGCUAGGGAGCUUAGCGAAAAUGUUCGAAGCCAAAGCGGUGAAAUUGACAACCGGAAGUCAGAGACCGGAAAUGAAAUCGACAACUUCCGGAAAUUCAACCAACGAAAUAAAAGCAAAUAUCAAGCGUCUGCUGCCAAUUUGUUUGUAAAGGACGACGAAAGUAACGAAACGAAGCCGAAGUGUGUGUAUUGUGGUGAAUUUCAUUUUUCAGCUUCCUGUAUUCAUGUUAAAGACCCAAGCAAGCGAAAGGAUAUUUUGACCAGAGAUAAACGUUGUUAUUUAUGUCUAAGAACAGGGCACAUAACAAGGGAUUGCAAGAAACAACAAAACUGUCGAUGGUGCGAAGGUCGACACCAUCAAUCGAUUUGUCAGCGUGAUGUAAAGAGUAAAACACCAGAAAACACUACCAAAGGUGAUUCGACUAGUGGUGCGGCUCAAGGUCAAAAUCAUACAACAACAACUACAACAAACUGGAAUUGCUCCAAGGUUCUUUUACAAACAGCCACCACAUUUGCCUAUUCAAGUCAACAGUCGGCAACGGUUCCAGUUCGACUUUUAAUGGAUAGUGGCAGCCAGCGAACGUACAUAACCAAUGGUUUAAAAGAAAAGCUCGGGUUGCAACCCACUAAAACAGAAACGUUAAAGUUAAAUACAUUUGGAGGAGAUCGAUUCAGCAAGAAAAGGUGUGAUGUUGUACAGUUAAGUUUGCAAGGAAGUGAUGGGGAUAUCGAGAUUUCAGCAGUAUGUUUUCCCAAGAUUUGUUCGCCUAUUCCCACAAAGAUUUGUCCUGAAAGAUAUCCGCAUUUGAAGGGAUUGAACCUGGCUGACGUUAAACUGAGCGAAAGCGAUGAACUUGAACACGAUAACAUUGAUAUUCUCAUUGGUUGUGAUUAUUAUUUCGAUAUUGUGAAUAACGAAAUGGUCCGAGGAGAGGGGAGAGGUCCUGUAGCGGUUUGCAGUAAAUUUGGUUGGAUAGUGUCGGGUCCAACAAUGCGUGAAGAAAAGAACGAUGAAUCCUCGAUGGUCCACCUUAUUAUGCAGAGAAAUGAGCUAGCAAGUCAAUCAUCGUAUGUUCAAAAUAAAGAUGGCGAACUGAUCGAAACUCUUAGAACCUUCUGGGACACAGAAUCAAUUGGAAUCACAAAUCACGAUAUUGGGAAUCCAGAGGAAUCCAAGUUUUUACGUGAAGUUAGCUUUGACGAACAAGAGGGUCGAUAUCAAGUUAGGUUGCCUUGGAAAACUGAAGCAUUGCCACAAUCAAACGGAUAUUCAACGUGUGUUCGAAGACUUAGACAACUUCAUUCCCAUUUAAAGAAAGAUAAACAUUUGCUAAAUGACUAUGACAGUGUAAUCAAGCAACAACUCGAAAGUAGCAUAAUCGAAGCGGUUCCUGAGGAAGAUGAUGAUAGUGAUGGAUCGUAUUAUUUACCUCAUCAUGGAGUACUUAGAGAAGACAAAGAGACAACCAAGUUGCGGGUUGUUUUCGAUGGGUCGGCUAAACCUAACGAGGAAAGUCCUUCAAUUAACGAGUGUCUGGAAAAGGGACCCAAUCUUGUUCCGAAUUUAUUUGACACAGUUAUCAAAUUCCGAAGUCAUCCGAUAGGUAUUGUUGCAGACAUAGAAAAAGCGUUUCACCAAAUCCAGAUAUCGCCUGAGGACAGACGAAUGCUGCGGUUCCUUUGGUUCGACAAUAUCACUGAACCUGUUCCGAAAAUCCGACGAUUCCAGUUUUGUCGACUAGUGUUUGGGCUUACCCCUAGCCCAGCAGUUUUGGCAAGCAUCAUUCAACAUCAUUUAAGUAGACAUAAAGAAAGGGAACCUGAAAUGGUUUCCUUGCUCAAUGAUUCAUUUUAUGUCGAUGACUUUGCUGGAGGAGCAAAAACUGAUGAUGAUGCGGUAGAGGUUUAUGAAAAGGCGCAAGCAAUUAUGAAAGACGGUGGUUUCACUCUCCGAAAGUGGAUGUCAAAUUCAAAGAAAUUCCGAGAAAUGGUCGAAAAAAAUGAAGAGCAUCAAUCAUAC